AUGACCGUCGUUGAGUCUACUUCCCACGGCAAAAGUCUCGAAGAUGUUGAACCAGGUAUUCUCCAGGAGAAUUCCAUAAGUCCAGAGGAGAGCCUGGAAGAGACGAAUGAGUUCGACAAGACAGCCAUCAAGACUUUAGUGUGGAAACAGGACCUGCGUAUCGUUCCACUGUCGGCUUUUAUAUAUUUGCUAUGCUAUUUGGACAGGUCGAACAUCGGGAACGCCAGGAUAUUGAACGCGGACACAGACAACGAUCUCUUAUCUGAGACGCAUAUGACAGACCGCCAAUAUACCAUUGCGUUGAUGGUCUUCUUGAUUGCGUAUGCAAUUUUCGAGGUACCUUCCAACUACCUGUUGAAAAAGUUGAGGCCAAGUCGAUGGAUUGCGUUUUUAAUGCUAUCGUGGGGCGCCAUCACCAUGGGUCUUGGGGGCUCUAAAAAUGUUGCUCAAGUGACAGGUAUUCGCUUCAUUCUCGGCGUUGUUGAAGCUGGGCUCUUUCCUGGCCUUGUGUACUAUCUCACCUUCUGGUACCGGGUAUCGGAGAGAUCCAUCCGAGUAGCCCUCAUUCUCGCAUCCGCCACUCUUGCUGGAGCCUUUGGAGGAGCAAUAGCAUACGGAGUAGGCCAUCUGAACAUGUCUCAUGGACUAUCGGCCUGGCGAUGGCUUUUCAUUAUUGAGGGAGCCCCCUCUUGCUUUUCGGCUUUUCUCAUUUUCUUUCUUCUUCCUGAUUACCCCGAGACUGCACAUUGGCUUACUGCCGAGGAAAAACAAUUGGCCAAACAGAGACUACGUCUCGAAGGAUCGCAAGGAAGCGCCAAGGCAAUGACUUGGAAGGAUGCCAAAAGUGUUCUUACAGACUGGCGCCUUUAUGCUCACUAUGCAGUCUAUUUUGGAAUAUCCACCCCAUUUUCUAGCCUUUCAUUAUUCACGCCAUCCAUAACGGCUGGCUUGGGUUAUAAAGGCCUGAAAGCCCAGCUAAUGACUGUGCCACCAUAUGCUGUGGCGUAUGUGGUCACCAUCGCAGUAGCAGGCUCAGCAGACCACUUCAAUGCGCGUGGCAUUCAUUCUGCUGUAUUCGCUUUUAUUGGUGCAAUGGGAUUUCUAGCAUCGGCUGUUCUGCCUCCAGAUGCGUAUCAGGUAUGGUUUGCUCCGAAGAAACGGUCACGCUAUUCUGGCUGA